GGGUGUGAGCGGGCAGCGGGGGCGGAGGGACGCACCGGGGCAGGGGGGGGGGCCGUGCCCGGCGGCGCGAUGCUGCCCGGACAGCGACGGCGGCAGUGAGCGGGGUGCCGCCAUGGGCUGCGGGGGCAGCAGGGCCGACGCGAUCGAGCCCCGCUACUACGAGAGCUGGACGCGGGAGACCGAGUCCACCUGGCUGACCAACACCGACUCCGAGAGCCCGCCGCAGGAGGGCGGCAGCGCCGAGGCCGGCGGCCGGGAGCAGGGCGCCCCGCGCCCCGGUAUUCUGGAGGAUGGAAAAUCAGCGCCAACGGGUGUAACUACAGCAUCAGCCACAGCUGGAAUGCCGAACACCGAGAAGAGGAACAAUGGUGGUCCUCAGUGUGUGAACCCCACGGUCCAUGGCACGGGAGCUUCAACACAGAGACAGAACGGCUUCAGAGCAGCAGAGAGUAAAUGGGACACACAGAAAACGUCCACAAAAGAAGUCACCAUUAACGUUACAAAAAGCAUCAGACAGAGUGACAGAAGGAAAACAAAGAAUUGUGUCAAUUAACGAAGGAAAGCGCAGGUGAGGAUGGACCUAACAAUGCUUCGCUGCACUUUAAAUGUCAUCAGUUGCUGAAGAUACAAAGAUCUCCAGAUGUCCCACGUUGAAUACAGCAGGCAGCUGCUGCUGAGUGCCUUCAGAAACAAGUCUUGUAGAAACCAGCUGCAGACACUGUAGGAUGUUCAGAUGUCAUUUGUAUAAAGCAGUGGCGCUGCGCAGACAUACGCCAAAAUUCAUGCCAUUUGGUUUUUACUAAGGCCUAUGUCAUCUACUUGUGUAUGUCCUGUUCUGCAUGGCUAUUAGGAUGAGGCUGGGUGAUAAGAGGUACAGUUCAUUGACAUUUAAAAUGAAAAAAAGGAAAUGAACAAAUGAAUCUGCAAUUUUAGUCACACGGGGAUUUGAGCGUGUGCAUUCAAACCCGAGGAGUUCAUUGAAAGCGCUCACUUUCAUAAAACUCAAACCCAGAGAUCUCAGAAAGAGACACAUAAGUGACUUCCACUAAAUCUCUCUUAAACAAUAUAUAUUGGUUAUAUAUAGUUAAGUCAUAUAGUAACCUUUUUAUAUAUCAAUAUUUUAAUUACUUAGUUUAAAUUUAUUUUCUGUAUUGAGGAAAUUUAGGUCUUAAAAAUGGUAACUUUCAUAUUGAUCAGCCUUACUUGAAGUUCCUAGUCUUAGGUGUAAGGCAGGGUUCUGGCUACUUGGUCAUUUAUAUGUGCCCCUUUAAUUAUGUUGAGGCCCAAACUGACUUGGAAAAAAGUGAUCAUUAACAUUACAUGAAAAUAACCAUAAUUCUUAAAACUAUAUUCCAAUGACAACUCCAAAAAUUAACUUUAUUUGAUCAGAUAUAGUUGAUUUGCUGUGCCGAACUUAUUUAAUUGCAUUGUAAGCAUCCUGUAUCAUAGUACUCUGUGUUUAUCAUAAAUAUACAGCUAAAAGGAAUAUAAAUGUUUGGUGUAGUAAAGACCAGGAAUUAAUUCAACAUAUUACUUCUUAAUAGAGAAGUAUGUAUAGUUUGUAUAUUUAUCAAAGAGGUAAAUUUAUUUGCUUUCCCCAUCAGACAUAUAUGACUAUACUUAGAGGGCCAUUUAAAAUAACUGUUCAAAAGUUGUUCAUAGCAAACAGAUGGCAUUGGGAAGAAAAUCCAUGCAUGAAGUAAGAAGUCCUGUAAGAAGUCCUUUUUGCACGUAGGCAAAUAAGUAUAAACAGUAUUGUGGGACUGAAUCCUAAUUUAUUCCGUAUUAGGAUCAUUUUAAUAACUUGCUGCUAGGUGUGUAAGUACUUAAUAAUUUCCUUGGAGUACAAGUCAAUGCAAUAAGGAAUUGUUUAUUAAUUAUUCUGACACAAAGGCAAACUGAAAUCCAGAGUCAGUGCGAGAUUUUUGCAUACAAUAUCAUACGUAUAAGAAAUAGUGAUUUUUAGAUGUCCUAAAAAGGGGCAAAGAACUUGUGCUAACCUUUCUGCAGGCCAGCGUGUUAUCUGGUAAGUGAUCUCGUGCUGCACAUUUACGAGAAGAACUACAAAAUGCUGAAAACGGUGUUGUAUGGGUAAGACAACGGCAGCCUGCGUAUGUCCUUCCAACUCGUGGCAUUCUGCCAGCUUGCUGGCAACAUCACAGGACGGGAAGGGGCUUGACUCACUCUAACAAUAAACAGUGGCUGCAGCAGCUCAGCAAUAUUAAUUUAGAAAUGGAUAGCCAUUGCUGGUGGCUGUGUACGGACCUAAUUGAAAGCACAAGUUCAGGAUUCUGCGUUAUUUGCGUAGAGCGGAAGAUGAACCAUUUCAGAUCUGUGCCAGACUUGAAACCCACUUCUGUUUCAAAGGAUUUACUGGCAGAGAGAGUGCGGCAUAAACCCAUAUGGUACAGGAAAGCCACAGAAAGCGACUAACGAUGCCGGUGCGUGAAAGGGUAGGGGGGAUUUCGAAGGCAGGCAAAAGGAAAGGCUCAUUGUGUAAGAAGCUGUUUCACAGAUAGUUGCCUUGGGUGGUCACCACGUUAGGGUGAGCAGAUGCAAGAAUAAAGGAGUCCUGACAGUGAGGUGAUUUACUAGCUAAGAAAUUAUUUUGUAAUGAUGUGCUGACCAGGUGCAUCUGAUGGCUUGGGUCACACGGCAGGAGCAAGCCUGCAGUGCUGCAUGGCACGUCGGUAUGAGAAACAGCCCCAGCUGCGUGUCAGCACUCAGCAGGGAGGCAGUUUUUGACUCUUGUAUUCAAAGCAUGAGAUGUGACAGGAUGGUUAGCAGGACAUGGCCUUGGUACACGAUUAUCUGGGCAAUGCUACAGACCUUGCUUAUGCUGACCACAUCCCCCCUCAGGGUGGCAGCUGUGGAGUGGUGAAGGCUGACAGCUCUGGAUGGCCCCUCUGUCUGCUCACGAUGACUUUCCUGAGUUACUUCAAGAUCCCACAAACCUGUUUAUAUCCUGAAACUCAACUUUAGGGCAUUCAAAGACUGGAUCCAACUUCAGUGACGUAAACUGUGUCUAGUUACAAGCAACUUUAUAAACCCUUCUCAUGUAACACAUUACUGUUCUUAUUCAUCAGGUGGUAACUGAAAAGAAAUUACAUUAUGUCUCUGGUGGCUUCUUAGUUCUUGAUGUGUACGUUUCCAAUGACCUUAAUAAAACUAAGAGCAUGUUGUGGAGAUGUGGAUCCUGCCUCUGUACAUAAGUAGGGUUAUGUUUAUGUUUUCUUUACUUUCCUUCUAUUAGAGACAACCACCAGCAGAAACAACCAAUUUGUUUAUAAAAUAAUAUUCCACUUUCUAUAAUUAAGGGUGACAGAAUCUAGUCUGUACUGCUUAAGACAAUUGAAAGUCCUAAAAAUAGAUUCCUGUUUCCUGCUUUAGUGGAAGAAGCAAGCUCAAAGAAUCACCCAGACAUUUUCACUCCAAGUGGCCUUCUUAGGAGCGAAGAUUCUUAUUUACAGGGUCUGUUCCUCAAGUAGCAUCUUUCAAAUAUAACCGACUCAAAUACAGGAAAUAAAAUAACCACAUUAGAAGACAUAGACUUUUAGAUAAAGGACCUGCAGACAUCUCUGUCUUCUUAUAUAAUGGGCUUUUUGAAAUUUAAUUUUCCCCAAAAAGAUAUUAUGCCACUUAAUUUGCUCGAUGUCCCUUGGCUGCACAUGAGGAUUUCUACAGCUACCCUGAAACAAGAUGCUUUCUGAUGGAAUGAUUUGCCAACUUCUGGUAGGUUUUUAUGAUUUACCUGAGUUCACGUUCUAAACAGAAACAAACUUACUUUGUUAUGUUUCCAUAAUUCCAAUACAACCUAUAGGUAGGAUUUUCCUCUGAUGUUUAUAUAUAUUUUCUUUCACUAUGUGAGAAAUGGAAUCACUCAAAAGAAAGUGGACAUCGGAUAAAGGAGAGAAUUUACAGUUACCUAUAGACAUCAUUGGGCAAAUUCAUCUUCUCAAAGACUCAGUGCCAUUUUAUCUUUCAGUAUUCCUUCAUCUUGUCCCUUAUGCUUCCUUAAUGUCAUUCAUCGUUUCACCAUUACUGUAGGACGUUGACUGGAAGACGCGAGUUUACAAGAUACAAGUUCUGUGUGACAGAAAUGAUCUUGUACUGAAAAAAUAGGAAAGUGUAAUUAUUGUGUAAGCAAUAGAUGAGGACUCAGUUAAACGUGUAUUCUUGUUAGCUAAAUGUCUGAGAUCCCAUACAAAACAGAAAACAGAUAUUUUCUAUCUUCCUAGUACCUUCAGAUACACAUAUAUUCAUCAGUGCAUGUUUCUGUGUGCGUACAUUGUAACGUCUUUAGUGUGUCCUUCUGUUCUGCAGUUCAGGCAUGGUUUUUUGCAAACCUUUUACUUUUGUUUUUAAUUCUGACACCCAAGUGUAAAAUGUUUUAAUGUUUGAACUGAAAUCUGUUUUACCUGCCUUAUGAAAAGAAUGAGCUAUGUAAUUUGUGAACAGAAAUGGUGUUUGAAAAAACAGGCUUAGUUUUACUUGGAAAUAACGAAUAAUCUAUCUAAAUUCAAACUAGACUAACAGGAACAUUUUUGUACUCUCAUUUUAUCAGCAAAUUAUUGAAGAUUGACCUUGAACUUGAAAAUUAAAAUAAAGAAAAUUUUUAA